UUCCUUAGAAACAUGUAUUGAAUAGGCCACGGCUGGGGCGGUAGUUCCGCUUCCCCUUCGCCGUAGCGGAAUUAUCCAAGGGCCGAAAAGUUGCAUUGUAAAUAGUUGUAGCCACGUUUUUACUAAGUUAUUUGUACGCGUUGCGUGCCACCAAGGCCCCCAUGUAACAGAAAAGGGUACUUUAAACGGAUUUACAACCAUUUACCAAGCCGUCGAGGACCGGGAGUCAAGUUAUAACGUUACUCAAGUUUAGCUGGUGUGGACUCUCCGGUACCACUUGGUGCUUCUGCUCUCUACUGCAGUCAUUUUCACCACAUCCCCCUGUAGCACAUGAGCACACCUGCGCCUCAUGCUGAUGUGAGCGCUCCCCCUCUGUUUGCCAUCCUCGCCCGCCGUGUUCCCCUGUCUUCUUAGCCCUGUGAGGCUCACAACGACCUGUAGUGAUGUGUGAUAACGGAGACCCUGAGGAUAAACCCCCCGCCCCUCCGGUCAGGGUGAGCAGCACCAUCUUUAGCACCAGCUCUGGCAAAGACUCCCUCUCAGCCAACCACAGCUCUAAACCCCUGCCUUCUGUGCCUGAGGAGAGAAAACCUCGCCACAAGAUCAUCUCAAUCUUCUCUGGGGCUGAAAAGGGUGGAAGAAAGAAAGAUCGAGACAAAGAGCGACCAGAGAUCUCGCCACCUUCAGAUUUUGAGCACACCAUACAUGUUGGGUUUGAUGCUGUCACGGGGGAGUUCACUGGUAUGCCAGAGCAAUGGGCUCGACUACUCCAGACCUCAAACAUCACCAAGUCAGAGCAGAAGAAAAACCCACAGGCUGUACUCGACGUUCUUAAGUUCUACGACUCUACGGGCAACGGUCGUCAGAAGUACCUCAGCUUCUCUUCUUCUGAAAAAGAUGCAUUCACUCCGGGGCCUCAGUCUCCUGUCAAGAAAGGCAGUGAACCCUCUUCUCCAAAUAUCAGAGACAUCGACGAUGACGACGACGAUGAAACUCCUCCUCCUGUUGUGGCACCGAGACCAGAACACACAAAGAGUGUGUAUACUCGCUCUGUUAUUGACCCCCUCCCUGCCCCGAGCACGUGUCCGGACGGAGAAAGUGCCUCCAAGGCUGCAGACAGACAGAAAAAGAAGGGCAAGAUGUCGGAUGAGGAGAUCAUGGACAAACUGAGAACGAUAGUCAGCAUCGGAGAUCCUAAGAAGAAGUACACCAGAUAUGAAAAAAUUGGUCAGGGGGCUUCAGGAACAGUAUUCACAGCCAUUGAUGUUGCCACAGGACAGGAGGUUGCCAUCAAACAGAUCAACCUACAAAAGCAGCCAAAGAAGGAGCUGAUCAUCAAUGAGAUUCUAGUGAUGAAGGAGUUGAAGAACCCCAAUAUCGUCAACUUUUUAGACAGUUUCCUGAUGGCCGAGGAGCUGUAUGUGGUGAUGGAGUAUCUGGCUGGCGGCUCGCUGACGGAUGUGGUAACAGAGACCUGUAUGGAUGAGGCCCAGAUAGCCGCUGUCUGCCGAGAGUGUUUACAGGCGUUGGAGUUCCUGCAUGCGAACCAGGUCAUUCACAGAGACAUCAAAAGUGACAAUGUGUUACUCGGGAUGGAUGGCUCUGUCAAGCUGACCGAUUUUGGCUUCUGUGCCCAGAUCACUCCAGAGCAGAGUAAACGCAGCACCAUGGUAGGCACGCCUUACUGGAUGGCUCCUGAGGUGGUGACCAGGAAGGCCUAUGGGCCUAAAGUAGACAUUUGGUCACUGGGUAUCAUGGCCAUUGAGAUGGUUGAAGGAGAGCCUCCCUACCUGAACGAGAACCCACUACGAGCAUUAUACUUGAUUGCCACAAACGGCACACCCGAGCUUCAGAACCCAGAGAAGCUGUCCCCGGUCUUCAGAGACUUCCUCAACCGUUGCUUGGAAAUGGAUGUAGAGAAAAGAGGCGGAGGCAAAGAGCUGCUGCAGCAUCCGUUCCUGAAGCUGGCGAAGCCCCUCUCCAGUCUCACACCUCUCAUCCUGGCAGCCAAGGAAGCCAUGAAGGGCAACCGCUAGCUGAUGAAGCAAGCUACCCUGCCUUCCCAUGCUGUGCACACAUACGUGCCAACCAUUUAGAUUUUGUGCCAGACAAUAGGCUGAGAAGGACUUUCCACUCUUGAUGCACCAGCCUAAUAAGCCCUGACAAACCUCACUGUGAAGAAGACCAAAAAUACAGAGCACAACUCCACCGCUGUCCAUAUGAACUCUGUCCUCAUGUCAGAAGACAAGUCAAACUAAAGGGCUUAGCUUCAGAGUCGGGCAUAGUUAUUUUGUACAACAAAUCUCUUGGUGAUAAGUUAGGGCUAGGCUUGUAAUUUAACUCGGAAUGAACAAGAUGCCUAGUUCUAUUUAGUUUUUUUUUAAUCAACUGCCUUAAAGAAAUGCAGAAUGUUGCCUAAUGUAUUGUUGAUUGUGUCAAUGUAUUUCCUCCCAUGAUUUUACUACCUUUUUUGUAAUUGACCUUUUCAGCAUGUCAGUGUCUUAGUGAUUUUGAUACUUGAAUUUCAUAUGCGUCCCCCUUCUUGUUAUGUAGUUGGUCUCACUCAAUGAACACUCUUGCUAUUUCCACAUUGACUCGUGUUUUAUGGAUAUUUUCUCUUAGCGGUUUUAUAGGAAACAUUUCAGUACAUUCUUCAUCAUGAAGGUGUGCUGUGAUUGUGGCGUUCUAUGGUUGCCACACCUGACAGACCUACUGUACCAGUCUUCCCCCGUAUCAUUAGUCCCCUGAUACCAGAGGUGCACCUUACAGGCAAAUUAAAAUGUUAGAUUGACAGGGUUUAUACUUUCUUCCUUAUUGUUAUUAAAAAAAAUUAGUAUUGUAUGUUGAACUCUGUCCUUUGUGUUCUUUUGGACUAAACAAAUGUGCUUUUUCCAUGUGUAUAUUGUGUAGUUAUUGUUUAGUUUGACUAUAUCAUAGUGAUGAGUGGUCAAAGCCUUGUAAAGACAUUGUUCUGUUUAUUUUUCUUCUUAUGGACGACUAACAAUCUUGUCUGCGCACUCAAAUAAAUGCAACUGUUUGUGCUUUUGUGA